GUCCGCCCUCUUGACAGGAUGCGCUGCAGGUGAAACGUCACCACAUUACGCCGACUAAAAUGAGCGUCCAACUAUCGCCAAUCACCGAUAAGACCUGGUGACUCUUAGUUUAACUUUAUGUUUUUCCUCCCAUUUUUGUGUAUAUUUCAGUAGCGUUCGCACGAUUUGGGGCAGGUUUUUUUUCACAGACAUGGUAGUUCUUGCUAAAAGGAAGCCGGCUUAAAACUCUCGCCACCUUCAGCUUUUCUGCUUGGCGUAACAGCAGCCCGCGUGUCGUCAAUAUUGGUUUGUAAUAGAUGCAACAUGAGGGAAGUCGCUCUCCUGCCUUCAAGCUGUUUGCUCUUCUUCCUCCUGCUGAGCUCCUGCCAGGCAGCCAGACAAGGACAGGACAUCCGAUGUGGAGCAUGCAGGGCUCUGGUGGACGAGAUGGAGUGGGCCAUCUCCCAAGUUGACCCCAAGAAAAUGAUCCAAACAGGCUCGUUCAGAAUCAACCCGGACGGCAGUCAGUCCAUCAGGGAGGUUCCUCUGGCACGCUCUGAGGGAAACCUUCUGGAGCUGAUGGAGAGUGUGUGUGAGAGGAUGGAGGACUAUGGCGAGCUUAAAGAUGCUGCCACCAACAGGAAGUCCUACAUUAGAAUCAAAUCUCGCAACGGUGAAGCCAUGGACCUUUCUGAGGCCACGCUGGACUCGAGAGUCACCAGCAGUCUAAAAUUUGCAUGCGAAGCCAUUGCUGAGCAGCACGAAGACGAACUCAUCGAAUUCUUCUCUCAUGAAACAGAAAAUGUAAAAGACAAACUAUGCAGCAAGCGGACAGAUCUUUGUGACCAUGCUCUGAAAAUCCCACAUGAUGAACUUUGACAUCCUCAUGCCAUGGCGACCGUCUCUCUUCAGCUGAUAUUGGCCGGUUCACGCCAUGGCGGUGGCGGUGAAAGAUAUAGUUAUGUAUGAAAGGUCCACAGAUUCCAAAUCCUCAGAAGAGGUUUCAUCAGUCAUGGAGAAUAAGGGGGCUUGUGUUGACAGUUUUUCUGAAUCAUUUCAUCAUCCCUUAUAUCUCUACCUCACAAUAUGUGACUCUCUUAAAUUAGAUUAGUACAUUAUUAUUACUGUGAAACUCUGGUCAAACUUAGUUGCAGGACUAAGAGUACACUGCCUGCUUUAGGAUGUGUAUAUAGAACUGGACGAUAAAAUAUAAUCCUUUGAGAUGUAGAUACAUUCUCUUCAGGCUCUCAGUGAUCAAACUUAAUAAAGUACUGUAUAUCUGCAGUUUGUCCCUCUUCAAAAGACAGAAAAAGACUUUACUGUUCAAUACAUGUUUCACAACUUUACACUCACCAAAUAUCUUUGUCAUUUUGCUACUAUUUUCCACUGUAUGAACAACCCUGUUUUUAUAUAAACUUUCAGAUUUCUGCA